CUAUUUUUCCUUUAGUGAUUGAACCUUCCUUAUAAUUAGUGCUUUUUUUCCUAGGGGUACUCAAGGAUAUGUAGUACUGGCACACCCCCCCCAAAAAAAUGGCACUUAGUGUAACAACUUCAUGCUGUGUACCAGCACCAUUUUUUCCUUAAAAAAAAAAGGGCACUGCUUAGAAUGUAAUGUGAACUGAAAAAUAUAUAUAUAUUUCUCAGCUGUCUGGAAAUUUGGGAUCAUGAGCAAAAAAGAAGAGAGGAAACAAAAUAUAAUAAAAUCCUACUUGCUUCAGGAACAAAACUUCCUGUUGGCACGGUGAAGGUUUUUCUCUGAGUGAUUGGGUGCAACAGAAGCUGCUAUAAAGGCCACUAGAGCAAUUGAAAAGCAUAACAGUGAUUGCUUUCCAAGAGUGGACUUUGUCUGUAGCUGCUCAAGGGUUCAUGUCAAUUUGUAAUAGCCAUCUUGUUUCACAAUCCACCGAUUUACUUGGCAAGCUAUUAAGUAAGCAGAUGGUUGGGAAAACAGCCUUGUGAGCUGUCAAAAAAGAAGACAAAGCCUGACAAUCGUUCUCGCUAUAUCACCUCCAAACUCCUAGAGGACUGGGGAUGGAUCACAAAUUGAAGAUUAGGCUCUCCAGAUGCAGUCUAGCGAUUUUGCUAGUUUCCUCCUUAUUUCCCCAAAUGUGUGAUGCGGCCGUGACAAGACCCAACGUUUUGUUGAUAAUGGCGGAUGACCUUGGCUAUGGUGAUUUGGGAUGCUUUGGUAACGAUACACUCAAGACUCCUAAUAUUGACCAGCUAGCAAGGGAAGGAGUGAAGCUUACUCAGCAGAUUGCUGCAGCUUCGCUUUGUACCCCAAGCAGAGCAGCUUUUCUGACUGGGAGAUACCCCAUCAGAUCAGGUAUGGUGGCCAGACAUGAUCCCCGUGUCUUCGCGCGUACUGGUGCUUCUGGAGGACUCCCCGCGAAUGAAACAACAUUUGCUAAGUUAUUACAGCAACAGGGCUACACCACGGGCCUUGUAGGAAAAUGGCACCAAGGCAUGAACUGUGAAUCCCACAAUGACCACUGCCACCACCCUUUAAACCAUGGCUUUGAUUACUUCUACGGCACUCCUUUUACACUUGUGAAUGAAUGCCAGGCUAAUAAGGAUCCUGAGAUGAACGUCCAGCUGCAAGCUACGUAUUGGUUUUACACCCAGAUGGCAGCUCUUUUGGUGUUCACUCUUGUGCUGGGAAGAACUACUGGUUUGUUCUAUGUGAAAUGGAAAAUAAUUGCCUUCACUGCUUCGUGUGGUAUCCUAUUUUUCAUCUCCUGGUUUGCCAAUUAUGGAUUUGUAAGAUACUGGAACUGCAUCAUGUUGAGAGAUCACAUCAUUACUCAGCAGCCAAUAAAGCUGGAAAAUGCUGCCUCCAGGAUAUUGAAAGAGUCAACCUCAUUUAUUAAACGAAACAAACAAGGACUGUUCCUCCUCUUUGUUUCUUUGCUACACGUCCACACACCCUGUUUCACCACAAAGACGUUUCAUGGAAAAAGCAGGCAUGGUUUAUAUGGAGACAAUGUAGAGGAAAUGGACUGGAUGGUGGGGAAAAUUCUUGCUGCUGUUGACAAAGAGGGCUUGAGGAACAACACUUUUACUUACUUUACUUCUGACCACGGCGGCUUUUUGGAGGCUAGAGAGGGUAUUACCCAGCUAGGUGGCUGGAACGGUAUAUACAAAGGUGGAAAAGGUAUGGGAGGCUGGGAAGGAGGAAUCCGUGUGCCUGGAAUAGUUCGGUGGCCAGGGAUAGUCCCCGCUGGCAGUGUUAUUGAUGAACCAAUAAGUCUUAUGGAUAUUUUCCCCACAGUGGCUCACUUGGCUGGGGCAUCCAUCCCACAAGACAGGGUGAUUGAUGGAAGGAACCAGAUAGCUUUGCUACAGGGAGCGGUGCAGCACUCAGAGCAUGAAUUCAUGUUUCACUACUGUGGGUCGUACUUGCAUGCGGUGCGCUGGUACCAGAAAGAGAGUGGUCCAGUAUGGAAAGUUCAUUACACGACACCAAUAUUCGACCCCGAAGGUGCAGGAGCCUGUUAUGGAAAGGGGCUUUGCCCAUGUUCUGGAGAAGGUGUAACACAUCACGAUCCUCCUCUGCUGUUUGAUCUCUCGAGAGACCCAUCGGAGGCCAUGCCUCUUUCACCGGACACGGAGCCCUUGUUCCACACAGUCCUAAAGCACAUAGGCAGAGCUGUGGAGGAGCACCGCAGGACCCUCACACCUGUCCCACAGCAGCUCUCUUCUGGAAACAAUAUGUGGAAACCAUGGCUGCAGCCAUGCUGUGGGACCUUCCCGUUCUGUUGGUGUGACAAUGAAGAAAGUGAUACCCAUUCAUAUAAAGUGGGCUAGCAAAAAGAAUCCUCUUGCAAUGAAACACUGUUCUUAGUACAGACAACACAAGCCAAGACAUUCUUAGCUUUCUCUCAUAAAGCAGCUGGGGAUUGGAAGUGGGAGGUUUUUGUUGUUGUUGGUUAGUUUCCGUGUUAUACCCAUAUGUGCCACUUUCCCUUGUUACUGUCUUGUUUCUUAAAAACAGCAGCCCCUCAGUGUCUCUCCAUCCCUGCUUUGCUCAAACCUUAAUUGAGAAGGAACAGCCAAAAUUAUACAGGGAGACCUCCAUUCUCACUGUCUUGGAUUGUGUUGUCUGUACUAUGCUUAAAAUUUGGAUCAAGGAGCCUCAAAUGAGCAGAGAAACCCCAGGGCUGCACCAGAUCUUUGCAGGAUUAGAUACAAAGUCUAAUUACACUGGGGAACAAA